ACAACCGUGUGACGUAAUACGUUCGGGUUUUUGACCGACUCGUUACGGAAGUGAGAUGACGAGCUUACGGUUAUUCGGACCUUUCACGCGAAACAGAUGCAACACGAGUUCGGCGGAAAGGUUCACGGCGCUGCGGACAUUUGGAUUUCAUGUGAGAAAUUUGACAGACGGAGUUGUGGUCGCUCCCUUUCAGGUUGCUGUUCAGAUGAAGAGGGCUCGCCCGGCCGCCCCCGUGUCUCACCCUCUGUUGCCAUGGCAACGCCCUAUUUACCCACAUUCCUGCUCCUCCUCUUCCUGUCCUCCUUUGCCCUCCUGCUUCUGACCCUCCUCCAUCCUCCGGUGGCCGCCUCCUCGUCCCCUCCGUCGCCGUGGCGGCCGCUCUCCUGCGGCCAGGGUCAGUCUUGGGCCGUCAGGCUCCACUCGAGCCGACGUCGGGAGGGAGAAGAUGGCGAACGGAGCGCCGUGCAUCUGGAUGCGAUGGCCGACAGGGUAGCGCAGCAGGCUGGGCUGAAGAACCACGGCCAGAUCGGCGAGCUCGAAGGUCACUACCUGCUGUGCUCCGUCACGCCGCAAUCCCCGGCUGGCAUUUGGAGCAAGAGUGUCCGGCCCGGGGACGUCCUGGCAGCGCACCCUCACGUCCUGUGGCACUCCCAGGAGAGGGUGCUGAGCCGCUCUAAGAGGUCGAUGGCCUUCAACGAUCCCAAUUACCCCAAACAGUGGCACCUGCACAAUCACGCCAAGAAGGGAAUGGACAUCAACGUAACAGGAGUGUGGGAGCGCAACAUCACCGGCCGAGGGGUCACGGUGGUGGUGGUGGACGACGGGGUGGAGCACACCCUCCAGGACAUCCAGUCCAACUAUAGUCCGGAGGGCAGUUAUGACCUGAACUCCAACGACCCGGACCCCAUGCCUCACCCGGACCCCCACAGCGACAACCACCACGGGACGCGGUGCGCCGGGGAGAUCGCGGCCGUUCCCAACAACAGCUUCUGUGCCGUGGGGGUGGCCUACGGCAGCAAGGUGGCAGGCAUCAGAGUGCUGGACGGCCCGCUGACAGACAGCCUGGAGGCCAUAGCCUUCAACAAGCACUACCAGGUCAACGACAUCUACAGCUGCAGUUGGGGUCCAGAUGAUGACGGACACACAGUGGAUGGACCCCAUCCUCUCGGCAAGGCGGCGCUGCAGCACGGGGUGAUUGCAGGCAGGCAAGGCUUCGGCAGCAUCUUUGUGGUAGCCAGCGGCAACGGAGGUCAAUUCAAUGACAACUGCAACUACGACGGCUACGCCAACUCCAUCUACACCAUCACCAUCGGAGCUGUUGAUGAGAAAGGCAAGAUGCCGUUCUACGCUGAAGAGUGUGCGUCCAUGCUGGCCGUCACUUUCAGCAGCGGGGGAAGCAAUAUGAGGAGCAUUGUGACGUCGGACUGGUCCAUGCAGAGGGGCACCGGCUGCACCGAGGGCCACACCGGCACGUCGGCCGCGGCCCCGCUGGCAGCGGGAAUGGUGGCCCUGAUGCUGCAGGUCCGUCCCUGUCUCACCUGGAGGGACGUGCAGCACAUCAUCACCUUCACCGCCACCAAGUGUGACAGCAGCGCAGACUGGAGGGUGAACGGAGCCGGUUUCCACCACAGCCACCAGCACGGCUUCGGCGUGCUCAACGCGUGGAGGCUCGUCAACGCCGCCAAGGUUUGGGAGUCGGUGCCGUCUCUCGCGGCCUACCAGAGCUCCGCGAUGAAGGAGGAAGCGCCCAUUCCCACUUCAUCUUCACCCGAGCUGGUCCGGAUCUGGGAAGUCACCGCCGCCGACCUCGGGCCGUCCGGACUGGAGACCCUGGAGCACGUGGCCGUCACCGUGACCAUAACCCACCCUUGCCGCGGCAGCGUGGAGAUCACGUUGGUCUGCCCCAGCGGCAUGACGUCGGUCCUCGGGGCACGCCGCGCCAUCGACAGGGACCCUUCAGGCUACCAGGACUGGACCUUCUCCACCGUGCGCUGCUGGGGCGAGAGAGCGACCGGCCAGUACACCCUCAAGAUGUCCGACCACAAAGAGACGACGCUGAUGCAGUGCGCCGGGUUGGGCCAGUUGAAGCGGUGGCAGCUGACCCUGUACGGCUCCUCCAUGACCAACGACGAGGUCCAGGACAGACGGAGGCUGGUGGAGGAGGCUAUGAGUGGCGAGUAUCUGGACAGCAGCUUCUCUCUGCCCUGCCCUCCGGGCCUGGACAUCCCUCCGGAGAUCAUCCGCCCGUUCUCCUCCAACAACCUUAAGUUCCUGCUGUUGCUGGGCUGCUUUGCUCUUUUCUGGUCGCUGUACUACACGCUGGAGGUCACCCUGGCCCACGUGGACCUGAGGGGCCUGCUGUGCCUGCGCAGCAGACGGGGCGGUCAGCGGGCGAGGGGAGGGCGCCGAGGGAGAGGAGUGGAGGACGCGUUGCAGGAGUCGGGGGACGGGGACGAGGACGGGGACGAGGACGAGCAUGACUCGGGGGUGGAGCUGCAUGCGGUGGUGGACUCCGAAGCCAAAGCGCCGCUUUUGAGCGGCGAGCGGCGGACAUUGUAGCGCUGAGCCCGGGUGGUGGGUCCAAAGAAUGUCACUGUCUCAGGCUCUCCCCCUGUCUCCCUCUCCUCCCUCCUCCCUCCACCCUCCUCCUCCGCAAUAGACUUGACUGAAGUUAGCUCUUUGUCCUUGACUGCUUUGCCCAAACACAUGGCCUUGUCAUUCAGAUCUGCAUUUGAGCUGGUACUGUUUGUGUGUGUGAGUCUGUGUGUGUUUUUACAAGUGUAAAAAAAAAAAAGAAGAAGAAACGCAGAGACAAUCCUCCAAAGUGGGGUUGAAGUUCCAAUCGGGGUUUGGUGUUGGUCAGAUUAAGGUUCGGGAUGAACUGGAAGUCUGUGACUCAUAGAUUGGGUGUAGUUUAAGAACACCUGUGGGACAUUAAACCAAGAGAAAAACAAAAUUAUUUGCACUGCAAGAAUGUGUGAGUGUGUGUGAGUGUGUGUUGUAAUAUGAGGUCUUCCAUGAAAAAGUGUCCUCAGAUAUAAGGUUCUAAGAAUACUGUUGAUUUUUUUUUUAGGCUUUAUAUUUUUUUUGAGGUAUUAUUGGAUUUUUACAUCUGGGUCAUUAUCUGCUGGUUAUCAACCAACUACUGAUACUAACUUGAAGUGGGAAUUUCAAGUGUGGGAUUUGUAUGUAUUUUUUUAUGAAGUGUAAUACACACUGUGUGCCUCUGUACAGAGAUAUAGAUAUAUCUAUAUAGAUAUAUCAAGCUUGUCAAAUUAUUUCUACAGUGUUUUGUAAAAGUGUAAUAAAGAGUUCUAAUUUUUUAAUGGGAAGCAUUGUUUGGGUUGAAGUUGUAUUGCUGUGCAAGUCACACGUGAUCUAAAUGAAAAUAAAUACAACUUGAUGGAUGAUCAAA